UGUGUGAUAAAUGGUAACGAAUGACGUUUAAGAUUUGUCAACUAUAUUUAUCUAGAAAGCAAAUAAGAAAAACAAAAGGUAAACAGUACAUGUCCCUACAUUGAGAUAACAGCAGGCUCACAUGCGAAAAGAAAAUUGACUCGCAUCGAGCAUGAAUAUUUCUCACGAAAUGUUGAUUAAGUUUUAAUUUCUUAUUGAAGAAAAGCUAAUGGAUAUGGAUGUAAGGAAACUCAACUCUCGUUACGCAGGAGGGAAAAAGUUCUAUACGCGAGCGAGCCAAGAAGAAGAGAAAUGUUUUCCAGCAAUAACAAAUAAUUAUCAGUAUGAAAGACAGAGAAAAACAGAAACGUCCUUCCGCGAUCGAAGUCAGCAAGAAACCAAGACAACCCUAAAGCAAGAAAAGAAGGCAUUUCGUCUGCCCCGUAUAAGUGUUAAGAGAGAAUCCUUCAGCAUGUGCAAAAGAUGUUACUCUCAUGCUAAUCUUUGCACUUCCUCAAGUAACAAUUUUGAUAGCAACACAUUACCAUUUAACUCAUUUGCGGCGAAAAAGGUCAACUUUCAUGGCACUGUGAAGUUUGCUGGAGCUGCCGCUAACUCGAGAAGCAGUCAAAGGCUCUUACAGUCAUUACGGAUAGUCGAUCUAAACAUAAGCGAGAAUAAACCAAGUUUUCAGCGGGAAAAUAGCCUGAGGAUUUGCCCUAUGGAGCUAUUCCCCAGACACACAAGGAAAGCUAUCAAGAGCCAUCCUGUGAAACUAUCAAGGCCUGAGCUACAAGCCACAUAUCCUACACUGAAACUCGCACCUAUCGAUAAAAACGCAAUUUUUGCUUUAUCACCGUCACUGUCUUUAAGUGUCGAGUCCUUGGAUUCAAUCAUUGGUGGUGCGCUUACGCUCACGCAGCCACCCCCGGACAUUCUUUCUUCUUGUUCGCCUUCAGAGAUCGAUUUUACACCUCCUUCUACUCCUUAGCAAGUGAUGGAGAAAUACAGAAGAUCCAGGACGCUCGCGAUACAAGUCACUAAUUCAAAAUAGUUGCAUAGAUCCUCAAGAUUACAUGUCAUUACGUAACAUUGAAUUCACCUGAAAUUUAGGUUCUGAAAUUUAGUUUCUUUCAGCUGAAUCUGAAUUUGACUUGACUGAAUGUUCUCAGAUUUGGCGUUCAGUCAUUUCGAUUGAAUUUUGGGAUAUUGUUUCAACGGAAACGUGAAUAAUGCACGGGACGAACACUACAGAACCUUGAAGACAGUUAAAUGACAGUGAGAUUUAACAGAAUUUUGCUAUUCUGUUUCUUCACACUGAUCGCCUGGUAGUCGUGCAUUUUUCGAAGAAAAUUCCAAGAGUUGUACUAUUUUUUUUUUAAUUCGAGGAACAAAACUAAUUGAAGCGAAAGGAAAUAACUCUUUAUUCUCCUCGAUAUGCAAAUUUAGAAAUAUGCCAUUGCAGGUGCUUGUGUUGUGUAUUAGAAAAAAACAACAUGCACAACCGGAGAAAAAUACAUAAUCACGAAAACGCAAAUUUAAUGGACUUACGUUGUGUUUCCACUGCAGGAUAUUUUCAAAUGUGUUUCCAUUGUGAAUCAAUUAAUCUUAACGAAAAGGCGGCAGAACAAAUGAUUUUUGUGAUCACAUUAUAGCAAAAUUGGGCAGAAAUCCAUGUCCCGCCAGACGGGAGUACAUAGUAUUUUGGAAAAUAUCUGUUCGAGUAAAAGAAAUAACCAUUCAAGGUUUUUUGGUUUCAUGCUCAAAGACGAAGUGACGCUAAGGAAACUGCUUAAAAUCAAAAAGGAAAACUAAAACACUAAUAAUUACGGUUUAGCGGUUUUCGUUUGAAGUUUUAGCGGAGAUGCGAUUCUAAGUUUGUUUCGUACCUAUAUCGUUUACGAGGUGGUCGGACAAAAACAGGAUUAGAAAAACAUUGUGAUCAACUUCCGUAAAAAUAGAAACAACAGCUCGCCAUCACAUCUUUGUGGCACAUAGAAUACCUAAUUAACAUUCACUCAAACGGUGUUUUUUUGUAGUUCCAUAAAUUUCAAAGCCAAAAGGCGAUAUUUAGGCAUAUUGACCUGUGUGCCAAUAUCUUUCACAGCGUUCAUUGUUUGCAAGCAAACAAAAUUGACACAGUCGUGAUAUUUUUAUUUUUGUGAAGAGGAUUGUCCAUUAUGUUUGUUGGCGAGAGAACAUAUUUUUAGACCUGCAGUUUCCUUUUCGAUCAAAACGUUUGUUUUUCUUUCAUUCUCAGAGCAAACGUAUUUGAAAUUUGGACAUUCAAGUCGCUUUUAAUGAACUGUGCACUGAUAAAUGUGACGCCAUUUCAGCAAAAACUAAAAUAAAAGCUCUUUUAAUUUAUAGAUAGUAAAAGUCUUAUCAUUUUUUGUUAAGUGCGCAUUUUUUUUUUUUAAAUUUAAAGAUCAUUUUGGUUUUAUGACUGAGAGACCCUGAACUGGUUCUCUUACAGCAAAAAAGAUUUCUUCUUUUCUUUACAGAAUGAGAUCAAUUUUGAUAUUGUAGAAGGAGCCUUUCAGAUAUACGAGUCUUUCGUCUAAUUUGUUUGUUGAUCGUGCGUGGGAAGACACAAAGUGGACGAGUGGAUUAGAUAAGAAAUUACGGUAGCUUGUAAGAUACCGUUACCAUAGUUACUGAAUUAAUCGAACUAAUUAUGCAGGCAUUACUGUUUUUUAUUUCUAACUUUCUCCUUCCGAUGUAUUAAACUUAAAAAAUCCUUUCAGUUUAGUCAUUAAAAUCUCUAAUUUCAGCA